AUGAAGCUUUACCUUAAGUACUAUCGACUGCUACCCAGCACGGAGGGUGGGUGUGUGACCGGUGCGCAGCACUCCGUCCGAGCUUUGGACGUUCCGCUCGAAAGCUACAUCGUGCUGGUGCUGUACCGCUACCUAGAACUUAACCCCACGGACGUUGUGGUACACUUUGUGCAAUGCAAAGCGACCACCAAUGUUCUACGCAUUGUGCUUCCUACCUCGAGUGUGGAAGCGUCGGCGUUUUUCACCGACGCCGCACCGCUGCCGGACGAUCCGGCUCUGUUCUGUCAGCUUCCCUCGAUCGCUAUCGAGCGGAUCAAUACGAUUGUGUCCGGACUGUGUGGCGUUUGUCGGCGACUAACCAAGCAGCACGUGGCGGCUACGAAAAGUUCCGCCGAAUUGCUUGGUUUCAAGGGAAAUACGCUCGUGGCACCGGCGGACGCUUCCCUGUGGACGAAGUUCUGCGAGCUUGAUAUGGUGCGGUGUGUGGAGGAGGUGCUCAAGCUCGGUGUCAACGAUAGCCAGCUUCCGGCGGAAAUAGGACAGCUGGAAAGCCAUCUUGUGCAGCCACUGAAAUCGCACAACAUUUACAAACUGAUCAAUCUUGUGAAUAAUGUGCGCAUCUCGUCCGAAGAGGAGCACCGCAAGCUGGCCAGCGCUGAGCAGCAGUUUGACUUUCAUGCCAACCAUAAGUUUGCGGAAGGGUACGAAAAAACGCUGGCCGAUUUAAUGCUGUACAUCUGCUUUGAAUUGAUUGAGCGUCGUCUUACGAACGCUGUGCUGCGUGCGAAGGUGCCUAACCUUUCGGGAUGGAUGGAGCGCGUUGCUAAGCACGACGAAGGGCGGCUCCAUCAAGUGUGCAAUGAAGUGCUGCCGACGGCACAAAACUGUUCCUUACUGACUGCAUUCGCGGGCUGUGAUGCGCUGGUGCUGGAAAUACCACAAGAAUUCAGCCUGUACAAAUCCGACACCAAGAAGCUGAACCUGAAGGGCGACCAAGUGCUGACAACGAACCAGGCCGAGGUGUUGGACAUUCUGUGCAAAGUCGACCGGAUCCCCACCGACAUCGGUAGCGCGGUGAACGAUUGGGCGACGAACGGGUUCGAAUGGGACACGGUACCAGUUGAGGCGAGACCGGAGGGCGGCAAGCUGCCACCCGCUCGCAUACUGCGCAAGCGCCAUCAGCUGGAAAGCUUAGUCAACGAGGUAAUGCGGCUGGCCACCGAUGGUGCGAUUAUCGUGGACUUUUGCUCCGGCACGGGACACCUCGGUAUACUGCUUGCUCAUCUGCUGCCUCGCUGCACCGUCUAUCUGCUGGAGAACAAGGAGGAAUCGCAGCAGCGGGCGAUGGAGCGUGUGGAACGGCUUGCCCUUCGCAAUGUGGUGUUUUUCCAGUGCAAUUUGGACUACUUUACCGCCCGGUUCGAUAUCGGCGUCUCGCUGCACGCGUGUGGUGUCGCGACCGAUAUCGUGCUGGAGAAGUGCUUCGCCCACCGGGCACACUUUGUUAGCUGUCCGUGCUGUUACGGCAAGCUGUACAAUAUCGAGCAUGUGACGUACCCGAGGAGUCGCCUGUUUCGGGAGUCAGAGUUGGCGCUGAAAGAGUACUUCUGCGUUGCGCACUGUGCGGACCAGACGCACGAUCUGGCCAGCGACAGGACGAAUGUGGCGAAAGCGCACCAGGGUUUCUACUGCAUGGACGUGAUCGAUCGGGACCGGGCGCUACGUGCCGAAGAGCUCGGGUACAAGGUGUUGCGCAAGCGAUUGAAGGAUGAAAGCUGUACGCCCAAAAAUCGGCUCCUGGUUGGGAUCUAUGGUGAGGGGGACAUGAGAUGAAAUGCACUUAAGGAGCAGGGUAAAAGACGACUUUGAUAAAGCAAUUUACGGUGAACGAUGGUACAAUAAAGCUGAAGAAAUGUA